AUGCAUCUCGCCCUUCGCUUGGCCUCCUCGCCGUGUGCACAGCUGGUUCAGCAGUCCGGCGAUGAUAUCAUUUCCUUUCUUGCCGGGCUCUUCGAGGAGCUCAACCAGCUGUCCGUGAAUCUUCCGGGGCUUAGCUACAGCUUGCUCGUCCUCGCUGCACGGCAGCUGCUGGGCGAUGCCCAGGAUCUUACCGAGGCCACGCAGUUCCUUGUCGCCUGCGGUGCUGGCUGUGGCGUCUGCCCCAAAUCCCAGGCUGCUUCGGCCUGGACGUCCGUGGUGGAGAGCAGAGCCCAUGUUUUGGAGGAGCGGCUGUCGCGGUUUGCUUCGUUGAGCCCCGGGACCUGGAAGCCGCAGCCGAUGUUGGCGCGAACCAGGAGCUCCCCGGGCUUUUUGGAGCUCCGCCACCUGCCGAAGCUCCAGGGCUCUGCGGAUACUGAGCAGUCGGUGAUCAAGCGCUUGGUGCAGGUCAGCGAGGCCUUGCAGCAGGAUUUCGUCACCAUCCGCCAAGACGUCGGGGCCGGUCGCUCUGAAGACCGGCAAGGCCUUAGUCUACGCGGAAGCCGUCAGCCGGGGGCGCGAGCUUCGACGUGGCCUUCUUCGUGUGUUGGAGUCGGGCGCUUCGACAUCCAACCUCCUCCCUGCAUCCCAGCCUGGAGAGGAGUUAGUCCGGCCUCGCUGGCGGCGCCACGAGCUCUGCGAGGACGGCGUGGCGGAAGCUCUCCCAAAGGUGGAGGCUUUCCGGGACUCCUCGGGACUUUGGUCGUGGCAGGGCAUCAGUGCUCGUGCACUGCUGAGGAGAUUGCACUCAACGCAGCUGGCACGGCGCGUGUACAAGGUGCUGCCACCUGGAAUGCAAGGCUCUGCUGA